CUGGGCCCAAGAACCAAUCCGCGACUUCUCUCCUCCAGAGGCCGCUAGCCCCGGGGAAGGUAGUCGUCGCCGGAAAACUUACCCCGCAAGGUGGCCCCGCGCAGAUUUACGCGGCGGCCCCGCAGUUACCUGCCCCCGGGUCUCGAAGCCGCGCGCCUAGUCCCGGAGCCUCGCACCUUCGCGGCCCUCUAGCUGCUCUGGCCCGUCUCGCCCAUGGCGGUGGCCGCGCUCUACACGCAGUACAACAGGGUAUGGAUUCCUGAUCCUGAAGAAGUUUGGAAGUCUGCUGAAAUAGCAAAGGACUACAAAGUUGGUGACAAAGUCCUGCGACUUUUGCUGGAGGAUGGAACGGAGCUGGAUUAUUCCAUCGAUCCAGAAUCUCUGCCUCCACUUCGGAAUCCUGACAUCCUCGUGGGUGAGAAUGACCUCACAGCCCUCAGCUAUCUCCACGAACCUGCGGUGCUUCACAAUCUCAGAAUCCGCUUUGCAGAAUCCAAACUCAUUUACACCUACAGUGGAAUCAUUUUGGUGGCUAUGAAUCCUUACAAGCAGUUGCCAAUCUACGGAGAUGCCAUCAUCCAUGCCUACAGCGGGCAGAACAUGGGCGAUAUGGACCCACAUAUAUUUGCUGUGGCUGAAGAGGCGUACAAGCAGAUGGCCAGAAACAAUAAAAAUCAGUCAAUAAUUGUAAGUGGGGAGUCAGGUGCUGGAAAGACAGUGUCUGCUCGCUACGCCAUGAGAUACUUCGCCACCGUCAGCAAGUCCAGCAGUAACGCCCAUGUGGAGGACAAGGUUCUGGCAUCGAACCCCAUAACUGAGGCUGUUGGAAAUGCCAAGACUACCCGCAAUGACAACAGUAGUCGGUUUGGGAAAUACACAGAAAUCAGUUUUGAUGAGAGAAAUCAGAUUAUAGGAGCCAACAUGAGAACUUACCUGCUGGAGAAAUCCAGAGUUGUCUUUCAAUCAGAAAAUGAACGAAAUUACCACAUUUUUUACCAGCUCUGUGCAUCUGCGCAGCAGUCGGAAUUUAAACAUCUUAAAUUGGGGAGUGCAGAGGAAUUUAAUUACACAAGAAUGGGAGGCAGUACUGUCAUUGAGGGUGUGAAUGACAGAGCAGACAUGGUAGAGACUCAGAAGACCUUCACACUGCUGGGUUUCAAGGAAGAUUUUCAGAUGGAUGUUUUUAAGAUCCUAGCAGCCAUCCUCCAUCUGGGCAACGUGCAGAUCACAGCGGUGGGCAACGAGAGAUCCUCAGUUAGUGAGGAUGACACUCACCUGGAGGUGUUCUGUGAGCUUCUUGGCCUGGAGAGUAGCAAAUUUGCUCAGUGGCUAUGCAAUCGGAAAAUCAUUACAACCUCUGAGACGGUGGUUAAACCCAUGACCAGGCCCCAAGCUGUCAAUGCCAGGGAUGCACUGGCCAAAAAGAUCUACGCUCACCUGUUCAACUUCAUUGUGGACAGAAUUAACCAAGCGUUGCAGUUUUCAGGCAAGCAGCACACUUUUAUUGGUGUUUUGGACAUUUAUGGUUUUGAAACCUUUGAUGUGAACAGCUUUGAACAGUUUUGCAUCAAUUACGCUAAUGAGAAGCUGCAACAGCAGUUUAACCUGCAUGUCUUUAAACUUGAACAAGAAGAAUAUAUGAAGGAAGAUAUCCCUUGGACUCUGAUAGAUUUUUAUGACAACCAACCAGUUAUUGACUUGAUUGAAGCAAAAAUGGGCAUUUUGGAGCUACUGGAUGAAGAAUGCUUGUUACCGCAUGGAACUGAUGAAAACUGGCUUCAAAAGCUAUACAAUAAUUUUGUCAACAAGAACGCUUUGUUUGAAAAGCCCAGAAUGUCAAAUACAUCCUUUAUCAUCCAGCACUUUGCUGAUAAGGUAGAAUAUAAAUGUGAAGGUUUUCUUGAGAAGAACAGAGAUACCGUGUAUGAUAUGCUGGUUGAAAUCUUGAGAGCAAGCAAGUUUCAUCUCUGUGCCAGCUUUUUUCAAGAAAAUCCAGUUCCUCCUUCCCCUUUCGGUUCAGCGAUCACAGUUAAAUCUGCAAAGCCAGUCAUCAAGCCAAACAACAAGCAGUUCCGGACCACAGUGGGGAGCAAGUUCCGCAGCUCUCUGUACUUGCUUAUGGAAACCCUCAAUGCAACCACACCCCACUAUGUCCGAUGCAUCAAGCCAAAUGAUGAAAAAUUACCCUUCGAAUUCGACUCUAAAAGGAUUGUUCAGCAGCUGCGAGCCUGCGGCGUUUUAGAAACAAUUCGCAUUAGUGCGCAGAGCUACCCUUCCAGGUGGACAUACAUUGAGUUCUACAGUCGCUAUGGUGUGCUCAUGACCAAGCAGGAGCUUUCGUUCAGUGAUAAAAAGGAGGUGUGCAAGGUGGUUUUACACAGGCUCAUCCAGGAUUCUAAUCAGUACCAGUUUGGUAAAACCAAAAUUUUCUUCAGAGCAGGACAAGUGGCUUAUUUAGAGAAACUCCGAUUGGAUAAGCUCAGGCAGAGUUGUGUUGUGAUACAAAAGCACAUCCGUGGCUGGCUCCAGAGGAAAAAGUUUCUCCGAGAAAGACAAGCUGUCCUGACAAUCCAGCAGUACUUCCGGGGUCAGCAAACUGUGAGGAAAGCUGUUACCGCAACAGCCUUAAAAGAAGCAUGGGCAGCCAUAAUCAUUCAGAAGUACUGUCGUGGAUAUCUUGUCCGCAGUCUCUACCAGCUGAUUCGUGUGGCCACCAUCACCAUCCAGGCCUACACCCGAGGACUCUUGGCGAGGAGGAAGUAUCGGAAGAUGCUGGAGGAGCACAAGGCUGUGAUCCUUCAGAAAUAUGCACGGGCGUGGCUGGCCAGGCGCAGAUUCCAGAGUAUCCGACGAUUUGUGCUCAACAUUCAGCUUACUUACAGGGUCCAGCGUUUGCAGAAAAAGUUAGAAGAUCAGAACAAAGAGAACCAUGGGCUGGUGGAGAAAGUGACCAGCCUGGCUGCUCUUCGAGCCAGUGACAUGGAGAAGAUUCAGAAACUGGAAUCAGAACUGGACAGGGCAGCUACCCACAGGCACAAUUAUGAGGAGAAGGGGAGGAAAUACAAGGCUGCCAUGGAAGAGAAAUUGGCAAAGCUUCAGAAGCAUAAUUCAGAACUGGAAAUACAAAAAGAGCAAACAGAGCUGCAGCUUCGAGAGAAGACUGAAGAGUUGAAAGAAAAAAUGGACAACCUCACCAAGCAGCUCUUUGAUGAUGUGCAAAAAGAAGAGCGACAAAGAAUACUUCUUGAAAAAAGUUUCGAACGGAAAACACAAGACUAUGAGAAGCAGAUCUGCUCUUUGAAAAAAGACAUUCAAGCUCUCAAGGAUGAGAAAAUGCACCUGCAGCACCAACUGGAGGAAGAACGUGUCACCUCCGAUGCCUUAAAGGGGGAGGUGGCCCACCUGAGCAAGCAGGCAAAGACAAUCUCUGAAUUUGAAAAGGAGAUAGAGCUACUUCAGACACAGAAGAUAGAUGUAGAGAAACACGUGCAAUCACAAAAACGGGAAAUGAGAGAAAAGAUGUCCGAGAUCACCAAACAACUUCUUGAAAGCUAUGACAUUGAAGACGUAAGAAGCAGGCUCUCUUUGGAAGAUUUGGAACAUUUAAAUGAGGAUGGAGAACUUUGGUUUGCUUAUGAAGGACUGAAGAAAGCAACACAUGUUUUGGAAAGCCAUUUCCAGUCCCAGAAGGAUUGCUAUGAAAAGGAGAUUGAAGCUUUGAACUUCAAAGUGGUGCAUCUAAGUCAAGAAAUCAACCACCUGCAGAAAUUAUUUAGAGAAGAGACUGAUAUCAAUGAAAGUAUCCGUCAUGAAGUUACCAGGCUGACAUCGGAAAACAUGAUGAUCCCAGACUUCAAACAGCAAAUUUCAGAGCUGGAGAAGCAGAAGCAAGAUCUGGAAAUCCGCCUGAAUGAACAAACUGAAAGCAUGAAAGGAAAACUGGAAGAAUUGUCCAACCAGUUGAACCGCAAUCAAGAAGAGGAGGGAACACAAAGAAAGACCUUAGAGGCCCAAAAUGAAAUACACACCAAAGAGAAAGAGAAGCUGAUCAGUAAGAUUCAAGAAAUGCAGCAGGCCAGCGAGCUCUUGAAGAAGCAAUUUGAAAGUGAAAGUGAAGUCAAGAGUAGUUUCCGACAGGAAGCAUCUCGGCUCACUAUGGAAAACAGGGAUCUUGAAGAGGAGUUAGACAUGAAGGACAGAGUGAUUAAAAAGCUCCAAGAUCAAGUUAAAACUCUAAGCAAGACGAUUGAAAAGGGCAAUGAUGUGCACUUGUCCUCAAGACCCAAGGAGUAUCUUGGAAUGCUGGAAUACAAGACAGAAGAUGAGGACAAGCUCAUUCAAAACCUCAUUCUCGACUUGAAGCCUCGUGGUGUGGUGGUGAACAUGAUCCCAGGGCUGCCCGCUCACAUCCUGUUCAUGUGUGUACGCUACGCAGACUCUCUAAAUGACGCCAACAUGCUCAAGUCCCUCAUGAACAGCACCAUUAGUGGCAUCAAGCAGGUGGUUAAGGAACAUUUAGAAGACUUUGAGAUGCUAUCUUUUUGGCUUUCCAAUACGUGUCAUUUCCUCAACUGCCUAAAGCAGUACAGUGGUGAAGAGGAAUUCAUGAAGCUUAAUAGUCCACAUCAGAAUAAGAACUGCUUGAACAAUUUUGACCUUUCAGAAUACAGACAGAUUCUUAGCGAUGUGGCAAUACGAAUAUAUCAUCGGUUCAUUGUUGUAAUGGAAAAUAACAUUCAACCAAUAAUAGUGCCGGGCAUGCUGGAGUAUGAGAGCCUGCAAGGCAUCUCCGGCCUGAAGCCCACGGGCUUCCGGAAGCGGUCAUCUAGCAUAGAUGACACGGACGCCUACACCAUGACCUCUGUCCUGCAGCAGCUGAGCUACUUCUACAGCACCAUGUGCCAGAACGGCCUGGACCCUGAGCUGGUGAGGCAGGCUGUGAAGCAGGUCUUUUUCUUGAUUGGGGCGGUCACCCUGAACAGCCUCUUCCUGCGCAAGGACAUGUGCUCCUGCAGAAAAGGGAUGCAGAUCAGGUGCAACAUCAGCUACUUAGAAGAAUGGCUUAAAGAUAAGAAUUUGCAGAACAGCUUGGCUAAGGAAACUUUGGAGCCUCUCUCUCAGGCAGCCUGGUUGCUUCAGGUCAAGAAGACCACAGACAGCGAUGCCAAGGAGAUCUAUGAACGCUGUACCUCACUGUCUGCUGUGCAGAUCAUAAAGAUCCUUAAUUCAUACACACCUAUAGAUGACUUCGAGAAAAGAGUAACUCCAUCCUUUGUUCGCAAAGUACAGGCUCUCCUAAAUAGCCGGGAGGAUUCAUCACAGCUGAUGUUGGAUACAAAAUAUCUCUUUCAAGUUACCUUUCCUUUUACCCCCUCUCCACAUGCUCUGGAAAUGAUCCAGAUCCCCAGCAGUUUUAAGCUAGGUUUUCUCAAUAGAUUAUAGCAGGAGAAAGGAGAGGAAAUGUAUGUUUCCCUCAGAAGCCAAAUGAAGGUCAAAUAUGAGGGAUGUGGUUGUUAAUUGGAACUGGAAAUGCUGUGGAAUGUGAUGUAAAGAAGCAAAGAAGAAUUCUCCAAGAUGGGCCACGUCUUCUCUUGUUCCCCGUGAUUGUGCUGCCACUGUCAUUUUGUAAGAGUUAACACACACCAGCUGCGGUUGGAAAGGCCAUGUCUACCUUCUGAAUCACAGCCAACUUUUACUGGAAUUCCUCGAAGGCCCAUGUUUUCUUCCAGGUGCCUCUUGUCUAGAUCUGUUUUGUGACAGGGCUCCCCUCAAAGGGAGUAUGAUCUGGGGACACAGUGCCCCCUAAGUUUACUAAUGUUCAUGUGAAGCCCAGGUACAUUUAUGAAGCCGCGAGUGGGUUCCAGGGCUGAGUCUUCCAGGAAAUAAUCCCAUUUGGCCACAAUGCCCUGUUGAAAUUCCUCUCAGCCCAUGCCUCCUGCCCAGGGUGGGUGGGGUGGGGUUCACUGACUUUCACUAAAAAUGCUCCUGCAUGAAAAAAUAUUUAUUAUUUAAGAGCCCUCUAGUUUUUAGGCAAAUAUUCAGUCUGAAAUGAAUCACGUGAAGUGUUUUAUGUAUAUAUCUACCUAAAACGAAUAUAUUAUUAAAAUUAAUUGCCAGGGCAUUUACCACCUCUUCUGAAAGAACAUUUCUUUAUGUUUUAUCUGCCAACAUAUUGGCCAUAUGUUUUUCAUUGUUCAAUAUCGUUCGUGCAACAGCUUCUCUAAAAACUAAAUUUAAAAGGCAACCUAAUUGGUUUUCUCUCUCUUUUCAGCAUUCAAAUAUGUUUUUAAAUUUUCCCAUAAAAAAAAAAACUGAAGAAUUAUGUCAGUUCUUCCUGUUGAGAAACCAGUAUUUCCCAAGUUUCAUGAAAACCGACCAUCCCUUGUCCCCCCAGACAUUCUCAUUCCUUCCUUCAGAGCACAUGAUGUUGCACUGCUAGCCUGUGGCAUGUGACCCAUUCCAAGAAUCCAACCAGCCCUCCUGUCUCUGACAGACUCACAGGCACGAGCUGUGGUUCUGUCCCACAGAUCUAUGUCUUAGGAGUGAUAAUACAUGAUUAUGAAGCAACAUCACCCUAUUAAUAUGUAACAAUGCCUUUGCAUAUUAUAAAUGAUUUAGUUCUUUUAGAUACAUUGUAUAUGAAGAAAUGAAAAAGUAGAACUUUUCAAUGUUUUAAUCAAUAAAAUAAAUUACCAAAUGA